UUAUCUUAUUUAUUUCUUUAUUUUUUUGCAGGUUUAGCAAAUAUGACAAACUUGAAAAUAUUGGAUCUAAGUUCAAAUCAAAUCAACACUUCUCUGGCAAGUUUAGGUUUACAAAAUAUAAAAAGUUUAGAAGAGUUAUAUACGAGUGAUAAUGGAAUGAGCUGUUCUUUUACUUCGUUAGGUUUAGCAAAUAUGACAAACUUGAAAACAUUGGAUCUAAGUUCCAAUCAAAUCAAUACUUCUCCAGCAAGCUUAGAAAAUUUGACUAAUUUAAAAAUAUUGAAUUUAAGUUAUAAUCAAAUCACCAAUGCUAAAGGUUUUGCAAAUUUGACAAACUUAAAAAUAUUGGAUCUACGUUCAAAUCAUAUCAACACUUCUGUAGCAAGUUUAGGUUUACAAAAUUUAAAAAACUUGAAAGGGUUAUAUAUGAGUGAUAAUGGAAUGAGCGGUUCUCUUAUUUCGCAAGGAAUAUGUGAAUUGAAGAACUUGGUUAUAUUGGAUCUCAGUUUCAACAGUUUCGAUGGUUACCACUUGAAAUGCCUACGCAACUUGACUAAACUUAAGGCUCUUGAUCUUUCAGUUAAUCGGUUAAGUGGGAAGUACUUGUCAUUUGUUACUGAUGAUCUCGCAUCCCUUGAAUAUUUGUCACUUUCCCAUAACAAUUUAAAAGAUUCCUCGACUGAUGAUAUGAUUCAACCUGCAAGUGGAAAUCGGCUUCCAACAUAUCAAUUGAAGGUCAUCAUAUUACAGAAUUGCAGCUUAGAUUUCAUACCUAUUUUUCUUUCAUACCAUUACAAUUUAAGAUUUAUUGACUUUUCUGAUAACAAAUUAGUUGGAAAUUUCCCCACUUGGUUGUUAGAAAAUAACACCAAAUUACAAGAUCUAAGUUUAAGGAAUAACUCAUUCUCAGGGAUCCUUCAAGUGCCCAAGUCUAAAUGCAAUUUACAUCUUCUCAAUAUUGCUAGCAACAAUUUCACAGGUCAGGUGCCUGAGAAUAUAGGUACAAUUUUGCCUAGCUUGUCGUAUAUGGAUAUGUCAAAGAAUUUAUUACAAGGUAAAAUUCCUUCUUCAAUGGGUGAAAUGAAAAGACUUAGUACUUUGGACUUGUCUAGUAAUAAUUUUUCAGGAGAGUUACCUGAUAAUUUUGUUAAUGGUUGCUUCUCAUUAACAAUACUAAGAUUAUCAGAUAACAAAUUUCAAGGGCAGAUUUUUCCUAAGCAUAUGAACCUAACACAAUUGCAGUGGUUAUACUUGGAUAACAACAACUUUAGUGGGAAAAUCGGAAAUGGACUCUUGAACGCAACUUCUUUAUUUUUCUUAGAUAUCAGCAACAAUAAGGUAUCUGGUCAAAUUCCACAAUGGAUUGGCAAAAUUUCAAGUAUUGUCUAUCUUUUAAUGUCAAAUAAUCUUUUAGAAGGUACUCUUCCUAUUGAGCUAAGCAAUCUUGAAAGACUUUCAAUGCUAGAUAUCUCUGAAAAUAGGUUGUCGGGAUCCAUAACACGAGACUUUAAUCUUUCGGUGAAUCAUCUUUACAUGCAAAAGAAUACUCUUAAUGGAUCAAUCCCAAAUUCAUUGUUCGAAAACUCUGACUUGAUUACAAUUGAUUUGAGAGACAACAAGUUUUCUGGAAAUAUUGAUCCCCGUUGGUUUAAUGAUCAUUCAGCUCUUCAUUUUCUUCUCCUGUCAAACAAUGACCUACAAGGCAAUAUUCCUAACCAAUUGUGUCAACUAAGAAACCUAGGUCUCUUAGAUCUUUCACAUAACAAACUCAAUGGGUCAAUACCUUCAUGUUUUACUAAUUUGACAUGUUGGAGUAUGGUAGGAGACAAUGAUUGUAAGCCUUUUGUUUUGGUGAGUUAUUGGGGUAUUGCUAAUGAUGAACUAGAUUUCUCUUAUGAUUUAACAGUUUCAUCAUUUUCUAUGGAGGAAAGCCUUUAUGAAUCAUUAGAUACAGAAAUAUUUUUUGAAGUGGAGUUUACUAUGAAAAAUAGAUUAGAGUUGUACAAAGGAUAUACUUUUUACAAUGUUGCCGGAUUAGACUUGUCAGACAAUGAAUUAACCGGUGAAAUCCCAUCAACAAUUGGAGAGCUCCAAGGAAUCUUAGCAUUGAAUUUAUCUUACAAUUCAUUAUCAGGAUCUAUACCAGAGAACUUUGCUCACCUGAAAGAGAUAGAAAGCCUAGACCUUUCCCACAAUAAGUUAAGCGGCCAAAUUCCUCAACAAUUAACCCAACUAUAUAAUUUAGAGGUCUUCCACGUGGCACACAACAACUUAUCGGGAUCAAUUCCUAAUCAAGCUCAAUUUGGAAGCUUUAAUGAAAGUGACUUUGUAGAUAAUCCUUAUCUCUGUGGCCAAUUAAUAAAGAAGAGUUGCACUAAUGUGGCAAUACUGUCACCUCCAGCAGCUAUGACAGAUGAAGAUGAUGAUAAAUCUGUUAUUGACAGGGCAGCAUUCGGUUGGAGUUUUGUUGGAUCAUAUGUUGCAGCUAUAACGGUGUUGAUAGUGAUCCUUUGGAUCGACUCGUAUUGGAGUGGUAUCUGGUUUAAUUUCAUUGAUGUAUUUAUUUAUUUAUAUUUUCAUUGGUUUUCUAAGUAUGUUUGAUAUUAAUUUUGAUCAAUAUAUAUGUCAUAAUAAGUUGAUAUCAUUUGAAUUUUCAUGUUUAAGAAGCUACUAGUGGCUCAAUCAUAUGUCAGUCAAAAUUUUAAGUUCAAAGAUGGCUUCUCUUCAAUUA